AGAGUUUUUGAGGUUAAUUGUCCCGACUCUCAGCAAGUCUGCGUAACAAAUGUCAAAAACAACUCUUCCACAAAUGGGUUGUUCACUGUUUACCGAAAUUCCAUUUACCCGAAUUCCAUUUGCCGAAAUUUAUUUCACCUGGAACGGUUUUUUUUGUUUGCUUGUCCCCCCAUCAGGGGACGGCUGGGACCAUUAUGGUCCAUCUUGCCAAGGAACGGUUUUCAGGUGAAAUAUUUAUUUGUAAAAUACACCAAAUAUGAUGCAAAAAACAAGUCGCAUCAUAUAUAUGUGAUGGAAUUUUUAGUGCUAUUUUGAUUUAAAAAAAAAAAUGACUACAAUGGAUUACGGAUUCGUGAUUUCGCCAUCAUUUGACGUGAAACGUGUUCACGCCCACAGCGCUAAGCAAAAUACGUUUCAGAGCUUUUCGUAAGCGUAGAGAGGAUGCGAUGUGUCAAAAUACCAUUAAAAAAGAGAAAAAUUUCCUCCUAUAUGUGUUUACUGCAUUUACUGUAAUCUGGGUUCUGUAAUUGGAUCGAAAACUUUUACUAAAAUAAUUCCUAUUUGUCGUAAACCAUUUUAGCAAAAAGUGUAAUUUUCACUUGAUUUAAAAAUUGAGAAAGUGUUCUUGUCCCAAUUGCUAUUGGAAGUGUGCCCACGGUGCCCACAACUUAGUUUAACCAAUGUCAGAAAAUCUGCCACCAUCAUAAAAAUGAUAUGACAGCUAAUUUAGGAUGACCAAUCAACAAAACUCGAAACUCAUAACAAAAUAUUGCCGAGCAUAAUCAGGAUUGACGGUAUUCACCGGAACGACGCGGAUUCCAAACUUGAAUCUUGAAAACAACGUUUUAAAUGAUGAGCAACAGUAGCAGUGGCGACGCCGGGUCAUCCUUCUGGAAGAACAACUCAGGUCGAAUCCCGGGACGGCCCACGGUAGCUGGGCUCAAUAGAAUGGGCCCUGGCGGUAGCCAGCGAGUUGGAGGAAGCGGUGUUGGAGUUGGUGGUCCAUCUGCUGGAUCAGCAACCACUUCCGGUUCCUUCCAGGAUUACCAGGAUUCAGUCAGUGAUGCAUGGGAUCUUGGAGACGACGAAUUUUGCAUCAUAUCAGGGGCAAUGGAGACCCCAAGGAUAUCGAAAAAAGUAUCCCAAUCUGCUGCAAUGAAUGUCAUCAAGACUCACCGAAGCACCGGAAUAGGGGGAGGAGUUGGAAUGGGUUUGCGAGGCGGGCUCACUGCUAAAACAAACACCACAUUAUCAUCAUCACUAUCAAGCGGUACUGCGUCGGUUGUAGUGGAGGGUUUCGAUGACCUUAAAAUCGGUAGUGGCCACAAUUUAACCGAGGGGGGCGAAACUUUAACUGCUGAACCCGCGGCAGGAAAUCCUCAGGGACAGAAUAACGAAGGACUCAACAAUACUGUCAGCGAUAAUCGUCUCCGACAAAGGUUUCACGCUUACCCUGGCCGUCCGCAGCUACUUAAACUAUCGUCCAACGUAGCCUCGAAAGAUGUCGAGUGUGAAUCGAAGUACGAAAAGUUCACCAACAUCCUGGAUGCUCCGCUGCUGAAUUUGAUUGCCCUCAAGGAACUGAGCUGGUCCGGCAUUCCACGUAAGAUGCGUGCCGUCACGUGGCGUUUACUGUCCGGUUACUUACCCACCAGUCUAGAACGGCGUAACACGGUGCUAGAACGUAAACGGGUCGACUACCGAAAGCUGGUGCAGCAGUACUUCUUGGCUGACAGUCGGGACGAGAAUCAACAGGACACCUACCGACAGAUUCACAUAGACGUGCCUCGCAUGAACCCGCACGUGCCCCUUUUUCAGCAGAAGCUAGUGCAGGAGAUGUUCGAGCGAAUCCUCUUCAUCUGGGCCAUCCGGCACCCGGCUUCCGGCUACGUUCAGGGCAUCAAUGAUCUGGUAACGCCAUUUUUCAUCGUUUUUCUACAGGAAUCUAUUGGAGCAGAUAAAGAUCUGGAGCAGUGCCAACUAGCAGAUCUCUCACAGGAGCAGCGCGAUAUUAUUGAAGCGGAUUCGUUUUGGUGUUUAUCGAAGUUCCUGGACUGUAUCCAAGACAAUUAUAUCUUCGCCCAGCUUGGUAUCCAGGAGAAAGUGAACCAACUGAAGGAACUUAUCCAGCGGAUUGAUGGAACGCUGCACCGGCACCUGCAAACUCACGGUGUGGACUAUUUGCAGUUUUCGUUCCGAUGGAUGAACAAUUUACUAACCCGAGAACUGCCACUGUACUGCACGAUUCGGCUGUGGGACACAUACCUAGCCGAGUCGGAUGGGUUUGCCGUUUUUCAGCUGUACGUGUGUGCCGCCUUUUUGCUGCACUGGCGCGAACAAUUACUUCAGGAGCGGGAUUUCCAGGGUCUAAUGCUGUUGCUGCAGAAUCUACCCACCCACAGUUGGAUGGACUCACAUAUCGGCAUCCUGGUAGCAGAAGCGUUCCGCCUCAAAUUCACCUAUGCCGACACGCCGAAGCACCUAGAGGGCAAAAGUUGACAGCUGUACCAGCAUGGCGAACUGCGGAACUACGAUUACUGUAAAAACUAUCUGUAUAAGUUCAUUUAGAGAGUGGGGUGAGUUACUCCCUUUCCUACUUUUGACAUUUGUAUCGUUUUUUUUUGCGUUGUUGAAAACAAGUUGAUAUUUCAAGUGUUCUUGGAACAGACUCGAGAACCCAGCAUACAUAGGAAAAGAGACUGUAGUUAAACAAUUAAAUCUUGAAUAGACCAACAUAUUUAGAUAAAAUACACAGCAGUGGUACACAAAAGAAGGUUAAAAAAUAAUAUAAAAGGGUAAAUCAAAAAUUUUGGACUUCUUUAUUCCUCUAGGAAGAAAAUGAUAAAAAUACAUGCUGAAAACAAUUAAGGACAAACAGCGAAUUAAAACCAACAACACUAUUUGAAACAAUGUCUUUGUUGUAAAUAAGUAGGAAACUUCCAAGUGAAGAAAAAAUGCAAUUAAAUUGAAGACAACUUACUAGUUAUCAAUGUUUAAAAGCAAAAUUUAAUGAUUUUUUUUGUGUAAUUGGAACUUUUAAUACUUCUCUGUUUACUAGCAAUGUAAAUCUUAUAUCAAAAAGUUUUACAAAAAUCGUGUUAAAAUAAAAGAUUCAAAACCUUAAAUUCCAACACGACAUAUAGCAAAAAUUUGCAUCUCAGCAAAAACGUUCAAAAUCAUUGAUAAUAUUAAAAUAAAUACAACAUAUGAUAAACGAGAGAAAAAUGUAUCGAGCAUAGGUAUCAUCAAAGAAUAAAGUAUUUUAAAAUUCA